AUGCAGGCUUGUAGUGGAUCUGCUGUUAUGGGUUCUACUCAACUGCCAGUUUGGACAAAGGGAUCUGUUUUUCCUUUAAAAGGGCUUGGUAUGGGUGGAUGCUCAAACCAUGUUAAAUUUAGUUCAGUUAAACCCUGCCGAUCAUCUCAGCUUGAAGGGAACUUAGUCAGUGGGAGGCCACCCACUUCUGUGCUUGUUUCUGUGCCUGAAAUUGGAGGUGCUGGGAGUAUCUUUGCAGACUAUAACUUGAGUGAAUCUGAUCCUGAGGUUCGUACCAUUAUUGACAAAGAGAAGAACCGCCAAUUUAGAAGCUUGGAACUUAUUGCUUCAGAGAAUUUCACGUCUCGAGCAGUGAUGGAAGCAGUUGGUUCUUGUUUAACUAAUAAAUACUCCGAAGGGCUACCAGGCAAAAGGUACUACGGUGGCAAUGAGUACAUUGAUGAACUUGAAGUUCUCUGUCAAAAGAGAGCUCUAGCAGCAUUUAGUUUGGAUGCAACGAAAUGGGGUGUAAAUGUUCAACCAUUAUCUGGUUCUCCAGCUAAUUUUGAGGUUUACACCGCAAUUCUUAAUCCACAUGACCGCAUAAUGGGAUUGGAUUUACCUCAUGGAGGACAUUUAUCCCACGGGUUCAUGACUCCUAAGAGAAGGGUGUCAGGCACUUCUAUUUAUUUUGAAUCCAUGCCCUAUCGGCUUGAUGAAUCUACAGGCCUCGUGGACUAUGAUAUGCUUGAGAAAACAGCUACCCUCUUUCGACCAAAACUUAUUAUUGCUGGUGCUAGUGCUUAUCCUCGAGAUUUUGACUAUCCACGCAUGAGAAAGAUAGCAGAUGCUGUUGGUGCUUUUCUCAUGAUGGAUAUGGCUCACAUUAGUGGACUUGUUUCUGCUUCUGUUGUUGCUAAUCCUUUUGAGUAUUGUGACAUUGUAACUACCACAACACACAAGUCUCUCAGGGGUCCUAGAGGCGGCAUGAUCUUUUUCAGGAAGGAUCCUAUUCUGGGAGUUGAUCUAGAAUCUGCCAUUAACAAUGCUGUUUUCCCAGGUUUACAGGGAGGUCCACAUAACCACACGAUUGGUGGACUUGCUGUUUGUUUGAAAAAUGCAAAAUCACCGGAGUUCAAGGCUUAUCAAAACAAGGUGGUCUCUAAUUGUAGAGCUCUUGCAAGCCGCUUGAUGGAGUUGGGAUACACACUGGUCUCGGGAGGCAGUGAUAACCAUCUAGUUCUUGUGGACCUCCGGCCCUUGGGAAUCGAUGGUGCUAGAGUGGAGAAAAUUCUUGAUAUGGCAUCCAUCACCCUGAACAAAAAUUCAGUACCUGGUGAUAAAAGUGCACUAGUACCUGGUGGAAUACGCAUAGGAUCACCCGCUUUGACUACCAGAGGUUUCGGUGAAGAUGAGUUCGUGUCAGUUGCAGACUUUAUUCACGAGGGUGUGCAAAUUACUCUAGAAGCUAAGAAAUCUGUCUCUGGCUCUAAACUUCAAGAUUUUAUGAAAUUUGUGACAUCUCCGGACUUCCCAUUGAUUGACCGUGUGUUGGAUCUGCAAAGAAGAGUCGAGGCAUUUACAACCCAAUUCCCAUUGCCUGGCUUGUAA